AUCACGUGGCUAACGGACCCGCCAAAUCACAAAUUACAUUGGCGUACGCUAUGUAAUCGUCACUUUUGUGUGUGAUCAGUAAAAUUCAAAAGGUACUGUAGCUAGAUUGAUCGGUGAAAAGCUAGGUGUGAAAAUGUCGGUCUCGAAGAGACUCGGAAAGGGAAAACAAAGUGUAAUGAAGGAAAGGAAUGAUAAUAUCAUACGAACUUUGACAUAUGUUGAUUCGGACGGUGAGUUAAGCCCACAUGAACAUGAUGGCGACAUUUCAGUGAAUGGUUCAAGUCCGUUAUCGUCGCCAUACGCCAACAAUUCGGACAGAAUGGAAGAUCAGUCUUCGGGAUUUUUUGAAAUGGAUUUACCACCCUCAUCUCCGUGUCCCAGCCCUAGGCCAAGAAGGAGACCCCUGAAAUCCAAAAGACAUUCACCGAUUCCGUUCGCAGCGUAUCAAGACGAGGGUCACGAGGGCGAUAUUGACGAAGCCUCAGAACAGAGAGUUCCUGCCCCUGGGACGGAGUUUUCCUCACCCGCAUGCCCUGUAUCCCCACCCCACAGGCGCUUGAGAGCGUUAAGACUUUUUGACACACCCCACACACCAAAAUCACUUCUACAGAAGGCUAGAAGACGCCGCCCAACAGAAGUUAAAGAAGAGCGGGUAGAGGCCAAUUUCAACCCUUUCACCCCCAAUAAUAACAGGCCAGGAUCAGUCACAUAUUGUGGCAAAAGAAACAGAUCACAGUUUGAAAAGAGCUUGUUGGAAGAUUCAGCUGAUGAAAUAGAGAUAGACAUCCCGUCAACAAAGAAAAUUGCAUUGCAUGAGAUCAACACCUCCAGAUACAAUGAAGAAUUCUAUGAAGUUUGUAAGCUUGGGGAUGGGGAGUAUGGCAGUGUGUUUAAAUGUGUACAUCGACUGGAUGGCUGUACUUAUGCCAUUAAAAAAUCAAAGACCCCAGUGGCAGGAAGUGUUUAUGAGAGAAAUGCCAUGAAUGAGGUGUACGCCCACGCUGUGCUAGGGAUCCACCAACAUGUUGUGAGGUACUACUCGGCCUGGGCAGAAGAUGACUACAUGUACAUCCAGAACGAGUACUGCAAUGGAGGCAGUCUGAGUGAAGUUUUGGAGAGUAACAGAAGAACAGGGACACACAUGAGUGAGAGUGACUUCAAACAGGUGCUCCUACACGUAGCACAAGGCCUCCGACUGAUUCAUUCACAGAAUCUAGUUCACCUAGACAUCAAACCAGGAAACAUCUUCAUUCACAGAAAUGAGAAAUUCUUGCGCUCACCAGAGAGUGGAAUGGAGUCCUGUGAUGAAUUUGAGGAUGAAGAGGUUGAGGAAUCACCAGCAAUUAUCUACAAAAUAGGGGACCUAGGCCAUGUGACCUCUGUUAGUAAUCCUACAGUAGAAGACGGAGACUGCCGAUAUCUGCCCAAGGAAAUUCUGAAUGAUGAUUUUGAUCACCUGACUAAAGCUGAUGUGUUCUCUCUUGGAGUCACGAUGUAUGAGACUGGAACUGGUUGUCAUUUACCAAAGAAUGGGGAGGAAUGGCAUGCCAUCAGAAGAGGGGAACUUAAAGAUAUUCCACAGUACUCCGCAGAAAUCAAUGAUUUAUUGAAGAGUAUGGUACAUCCAGACCCUAGCUGCCGUCCAUCAGCGAUGGCUAUCACACAUCACCCAGCCCUCUGUCCGCAGGCCAAAAGAUCCCGAGCCCAGUUACGCAAAGAACUUAACGAAGAAAGACUUAAAAAUGAAGAGCUUUCAAGAAAACUUCUAGAGGCAACAAAGUGCAUACCAAGACCUUUCCGUGCAUUCAAAGUAGACAGUGUUCCAUCAGCAGUGCCUCGGAACAAUCGCCUCCUCGGGAAAAACAUGAAGAAGAGUAUGAGCCUCUCAGCGUUUUAACACGACAGCUUAUAACAGCCUCGGACAGUGCAAUAGUGUGACUUAGGAGUGGUGAAUCAGUGGACUGCAUGCAGAAUUUCUACAACUUGCUUUCUUUCUAUUCUCUUUACUUUAUUUGAUAAUAACUUCUUGGGAUAGAACUGACUACUCUUUCACUGGUUAUUGCAUAGAGUUUAUAGAUUAAUGCUUUUUUGUUCUUAGUCUGAAACAUUUGUAGUUUAAUUGUGUAAUGUAACUGUAAUACGAGUGCCAGUAUUAUUUCAUGCUAUUAAAUAAUGCCUUAAAUAGUCUGCAAAUGAGUGUGUAUUUGUGUUCUCUAUAUCUCUUGAUGUCCUGUCACCAAACCUGCAAUUGUGUAAGGUAUUAUUGGGAUCUCCUCUUCCCUUUUCUAUAUGUGAUAAUGUAUGUUUGUUUGUGCGUUUGUAUGUGUGAUUGAAUCAAAACCUUGCAAUGAGGAGAAAUAAUUUGUAUAGAUAUAUAAUUUGUCACUCAUAGUGCAUAUCAUUCAAAUCAUUUUCCAUAUUGAAUGCUGAGAUAAAUAUAGAUAUACUUGUAUGUAUAAAAUUGAAUUUGUUGCAAGAUUUAAUGUUCACUGCUAAGGAAGGGACAUAAUUGUUGCCAAUAAAAGUAUCUCUAGUAUAACAUAGAAGUUUUUUGUUUAAUUUUUAAACAUACAUGUAUCAUUUUUUCAUAUUAUACUUUUUCACAUUUUUCCUUUUCAUCUUGUUAAUUGCUUAUAUUUUCUUGAAUGCAAAAUGGGCUGCUUUUCACACAGAAAAAAGAAAUAUGGAAUAGUUUCAUAAAUGGUAUAUGAUUGAUGAUAUGUAUUAUUUUGACUUCAUUGUUAAUUCUAAUCCUGCCACAUUUAUUGUUAUUUCAUGUACCAAAAUUGUAUAUUUUUUUUUUAAUAAAUGUAACCAGCAGAUGAAGAAUAUCUUUGGGUAAUAUUUCGGAUUAUAAAAAUCAUUAUUUUUGUUUAUCCAUUGCUUUAAAGUAGUAAUUUGUUUAUUAUUAGAAAAGUUAGGAUGGGAUGGUGUAAAUUAGCUGCUGGUUACAUUUUUAAAACUCCAAGAGAUCCAUAUUUUUUUGUAAUUCCUGUUCACAGCAAGGUGCUCACUGAUUGUACAUUUUAUUAAUAAAGUUUUAUCUAAUAA